AUGAAUCAAUCUGAUCUAGAAGACUUUGAGAACUUAGUACUAUAACCUUAAAGUUCCAUUGAAUAACAAAUCAGCUAGAUAGAAAGUAAUUUUUAAACAAAAGAUUCUCUCAUUCAAGAUAGUUUAAAAAUAUCAGAAAAAAAUGAACACUCUAUCUUCCUAAAAUGUUAAUAGAAAAAAAAUUUAUCAAUAUAAUAAGUGGUCUCUAUUAAUAUAGAAAAAGGAAAUGUUAAUUAAAUUGAUAACAUUGAUUCAUUUGUAAAAAAUUAAAAUAAAAAAAUAAACAUUAGAAUUACAACACUUAAAUAAAUUAGGGUGAAGAAGUACAGGUUUUACCCCAUAAAAGUAGUAUUAAAACUAAAAAUGAUAUUCUUCAAAGGAAUGGUAAUGAAUAACAAUAGCGAUGGUCUUCAUUAGAAAAACGAGUUGGUUUGAUAUCUGAUCCAUUACUAGAUGAAAAACAAUUAAUUUGUAAUUAAUUAUAUUAGAUCAUAAAAAAAAUUGGAGUAAAUUCUGCUUAGAAAAAGCAUUCUAUUUUGGAAGAUGUUCUUUAACUAUGUAUUAUGUAUUUGCCUGAGAUAAGAGGCCAUAAUUAUCAAUUAUUUAAUUAAUUGCUUUAUAUAGAAUUUAAGGAAUAAUUUAAUUUAUAAAGAUCUUUUGAAGCAUUUAAAAGAAGGUAUUUUAAUUUCUUAAAAAUUAAAUAAGAUUUCAUCAUUUAUCAUUAUUUUCAAACAGUUGGACCAUAGAAAAUUUAUAAAAAAUUUUAAAUAUACUAUAUAAUUAUCAAUAAAAUUAAUUCUUAUAAGAAUAUUGUAUUGAGUAUGAUAUAAUAAGAAAUAUUAUAAAAUUUCCUCCAUUUGUGAAAUAAAAAAAAAGUGUAUAAAAAAACAGCAAAGUUAUUUCUUAAAUCAAAGAUUAAUCAGAAAAGAAAAAAAUAGUACUAUCGAGUAAUAUGUUAUAUAAUUUUUCCAUUAGUUACAACAAAGAUAUUACUAUAAUAUUUUGAUAUAACA